AGAAAUUAUUUACUCAUUUCAGGAAAGCCAAGUUAACUUUUGUAUUCUCCCUUAUUGUUAUUCCCAAUUUGAAUCCUGCUUUAUUUCUUCGCGAUAUUUAUUUUGGUAAAAGAUGGAACUUUGGAUCUCACAACGGCUUGGAAACUGUUUCUGCCGGUAUUAAAUUACGUUAGGGACAUUCCAGUCCCAUCACCGGUUGUAUCAUUGAGGUGAGAGAAAAAUCAUCGACGGUCGACUUAAUUAUUUUCUCAGUUGUGCUGAAUGUUCCAUUACCACCUGUCACCCAAAAAUACCAAUUCCACCAGAACACCUGCUACCAGUCAAUUACGGAUGCUCUCUCUCUAUGUUUGUAGCCUACCUGACAUCUGUUAAUUAUAUCCACAAUUAUUAAUGUAGGAAGAAGUCUUUCUGCUUACAAUAUGUGUGUCACUUGGAGAUGUCCCAGCCAGAAAUAAACAACAAAAGAUAUCUACAUUGUAUGUUUCCUACACCUGUAAGCCAAGUUCCGUGAUAUGAGUGCCCUGAGACAAGAAGCUGAACCAGAAUAGAAUAUAUUCAAAGAUAUUUUCGAAGUCCUUAACAAUUUCUCCAGGGUUAAUAUGGAGGAUGGUAAUCACUCAGACACUUCUAACACAAAUAUUUCUGAGAAUAUAGAUUCGAUUAAACGGACAUCCGAUGGCGAGAGAUCGUUACUGUGUGAAUCAUUUACUAAACGAAAAUCAUUACUGAGAAAUAUUAAUUGCGAAAUAUGCGGCAAAUCUUUCGUUAAUAGAAGUAAUUUGUCGAAACACAGAAGAUUACACACUGGGAAAAAACCAUUUCAUUGUGAAAUUUGCGGGAGAUCUUUUAAUCAGAAAACUCAUCUCGUUAACCAUGUUCGUAAUCACACGGGAGAAAAACCUUACCACUGUGAAAUAUGUGGAAAAUCUUUUGUGGAUAAUAGUUAUUUAACGAGCCAUAAACGAAUGCACACGGGGGAAAACUCGUUAGACUGUGAGAUAUGCGGGAAAUCUUUUCCUUAUAAUUCUCGCCUCGUUAUCCACAUGCGGAGCCACACGGGGGAAAAACCGUUCCACUGUGAGAUCUGCGGAAAGUCGUUCGUCGACAAUAGUUAUCUAACGAGUCACGUGAGGAUCCAUACGGGGGAAAAGCGCUACCAUUGCGAAGUCUGCGGAAAGUCUUUUAUAAAGAAUUCCAGCCUCGUCACCCACAUACGGAGCCACACGGGGGAAAAACCUUACUCUUGCGAUUUAUGCGGAAAAUCGUUCGUCAAUAAUAGCUAUUUGACAAUUCACAAAAGGAAACACAUGGGGGAAAGUUUGUUUCACUGCGAAACAUGUGGCAAAUCUUUCCCGAAUAACUCGAAAUUCGUCACCCACAUGCGUGUUCACACGGGAGAAAAACCUUACCACUGCGAAACGUGUGGGAAGUCUUUCAUUAAGAAUUCUCGUCUCGUCAUUCACCAGAGAGUACACACGGGGGAAAAGCCGUAUAAUUGUGAAACGUGUGGGAAAUGUUUUAUUAAUAAUUCUCGCCUCGUUACCCACAAACGAGUACAUACAGGUGAGAAACCCUACCACUGUGACACAUGUGGGAAAUCUUUCUUCUCCAGCAGUAAUUUAAAAAGGCACAAACUACAACACAUUGGUGAAAGGGCCUUCCAUUGUGAAACAUGUGGCAAGUCCUACUUCAAUAACAGUGAUUUAAAAAGGCACAAAAGGGAACACGGGGGUGAAAAAACAUUCCACUGCGAAAUCUGCGGAAAAUCCUUCUUCGAUAAUUCUAACCUUAUUGUCCACAUCAGGAGUCACACUGGGGAAAGGCCUUACCAUUGUGAUGUCUGUGAGAAAUCCUUUAUCUGUAAAAGUGACUUAAAUAAACAUAAACGAAGACACACAGGUGAGAAACCUAAUAACUGAGAAAUACAAAAACCCCUUGGCUUCAUCGUCAUCGUCAUCGGUUAACAUACUCCUUCCAUGCUGGCAUGGGUUGGAUAAUUUGACAGGAGCUGGUCAGACAGAAGCCUGCACCAUGAUCCUGUGUUUGUUUUGGCAUAGUUUUUUU